UCGCCAGGGAUGUUUGCUUCUGGAAAAGUGAAGGUUGGCGAGGCUGGCAACAGAUGGCGCCGCCAGUUUGUUUAUCAUAUUUCGCGGGAAAAGAGAGGCUUGAGGGCGGCUCUUGGCGACGAUGGUACAAAAGACGAUAUUAUCAUUCUUCUCUGCCCCAAAGGCAAAAAAGCCAGAUGGAGCAACAUCCGUGGGAAGUUCUAAUGGGAAUAAAAAUGGAAAGGAAAACUCCACUGAGGCUCAAGAUUCCCCCAUCAAGAAAAAGCCACGUCACAAGGCACGGGUAAUUGAGAGCGACAGUGAAGAGGAGGAGCAGGAACCCUCUACGAGUUCUCCACAUAAGUCUGAUGACGAGAAGGAAAAUAAAACAAAAGACAGCGCACAGCAAACACUGAGUAAGGCGGAGGAAAGGAGCAAGAAGUCUCAGACUAAGAAAAAGCCCACCAUUAACCCCAGUGCAAAGAAAGAGAUUAACACAAAACAGAAAAAAAAGGACAAAGAAGAUCUUAAGUCUAAAAAAAGCCCAGCAACAAAGAAGGACAAAAUAACAAAAGAAGUUAAAAAAACUAUAUCAAAAAAGGAAGGGAGCUCACUAUCCAAAAAUAAGAAAGGUACAGAUGCAGUUGAAGAGGAGGAGGAUAAUGUGAAGAAAGUAUUGAAAACAACAGAUGAUGAUGACCACGAAGAAGUGUGUGCGUCUCCAGACUCAAAUGAGGAAGAGACAUCAACAACUACAGAGAAGACAGCUAAGGUAGAGGAACUUGAUGAAACAAUGGAGACAGGUGAUGGAGAAGAUGGGAAUAUUGAAGACAAAACACAUGAUGAAAUAGUUGACACCCCAAAGAAAGGCAAGAAUGUUGGCAGAACAAAGAAAGGCAAAAAUGAUGAUGGGACCCCUAAGAAAGGUAAAAAUGAUGACUCCUUGAGGAAAGGCAAAAAAGAUGAUCGCACCCAAAAGAAAGGCAAAAAUGAAGAUGGCACCCCAAAGAAGGAUAAAAAUGAAGAUGGUACCCCAAAGAAGGAUAAAAAUGAAGAUGACACCCCAAAGAAGGAUAAAAAUGAAGAUGGCACCCCAAAGAAGGAUAAAAAUGAAGAUGACACCCCAAAGAAGGAUAAAAAUGAAGAUGUCACCCCAAAGAAGAAUAAAAAUAAAGAGGGUACCCCAAAGAAAGAUAAAAAUGAAGAUGGCACCCCAAAAAAAGAUAAAAAUGAUGAUGACACCCCAGAGAAAGACAAAAGGGAAGGUGAAGAAGAUAAAAUGAUUGUUGAAGCAGACUCCUUUUCCACUCCGUGCAAACCAUCCACCUCAUCACAGAGCAGUUCUCCUGGCUUUACUCCAGAAACUGUCCCGCCCCUCCGAAAAACUGCUCGCAAACAACUGAAGCGCAAGAGUGACAGCCUUGAGAGCAAGCAGAAAAGUUUGGUGAAGAAAUUGAAAGGAGAAGAUGGAACCAGUAGCAUGUCAAGCAAAGACAGCAGUGAAGAUGAUGUAAAGUCAGAAAAUGAAAAGGUAGAAAGUUUGAAAGAUGAAAUCAAAAAGGAGAAUUCAGAUGAUUCAGAAGAGCCAAUGGAGGUUGAUUGCAUUGAUGAAUGUGAUAGCAGUAGCAAGGUGCUGAACAAACCUACUGCCACCUCCAGCAGACCCAAGGCAACAGCCAUACACAGUUUUUUCACAAAAACAACUAGGAAGCCCUCAGCUACAUCAGUGUCUCCCAAGAAAUCCACUCGUUCACCUGAGAAAGUGACACAGAACAGCUCAUCCCAAGACUCAGAGAGUUGUUUAGAUGAGGGAGACACUACAGAAGAAGAACACUGUUCUUCUCCACAGAAGAAAGAUAAAUCCCAAAAGAAGGAUUCACCACCAGAGAGCGACUCCUCAGAUCCUCGAGAGAAGAAGCCUUUAAUAAAUCCUUUUGCUCCUAAAGUUUCUGGAGCAGGUGAUUUGGGUGGCAGCUAUAACCCAAAAAAGGAGAAAUAUCACCCAAUCAAGGAUGCUUUUUGGAAGGCACAGGAAAAGGUACCAUAUCUGGCUCUAGCGAAGACCAUGGAGCUCAUUGAGAACACUAGUGGCCGACUCAAAACUAUUGAAAUUCUGGCUAAUUUCUUUCGCUCUGUGAUUGUAUUAACGCCAGAUGAUCUCUUGCACUGUGUGUACCUGUGUCUCAACAAAGUGGCUCCAUCAUUUGAAGGCAUUGAAUUGGGCAUAGGAGAGACAAUAUUGAUGCGGGCCAUAGCUCAGUCAUCGGGAAGAAGUGUGGAGAAGAUAAAACUCGAUGCAGAACAAAAGGGAGAUUUAGGAAUUGUAGCCGAGCAGUCAAGAUCCAACCAGAGGGUCAUGUUCCAACCUGCCAACCUGACUGUCCGAGGGGUGUUUGAGAAACUGAAGGAAAUUGCUCUCAUGACUGGCACUGCUUCACAAAGUAAGAAAAUAGACAAAAUAAAAGGAAUGUUUGUGGCUUGCCGGUUGUCUGAAGCCAGGUAUCUUAUUCGCUCCCUUAGUGGAAAGCUGCGCAUUGGGUUGGCAGAGCAGUCUGUACUUCAGGCUUUAGCUCAGGCGUGCUUCCUGACCCCACCAGGACAAACGUAUCCCCCAGAAGUUAUUGAUGCUGGCAAGAAGAUGGCGCCUGACAAGUUGAAAGCGAAGCUUGACAACUAUGGCUUGAUUUUAAAAACAACGUAUUGCGAGUUUCCUUCUUACGACAAAAUUAUCCCAGUGCUUCUAAAUGAAGGCCUAGAGGAGCUCCCUAACCACUGUCAGUUGACACCAGGCAUCCCAUUGAAGCCUAUGCUGGCUCACCCUACAUCAGGGGUGUCAGAAGUUCUGAAACGCUUUGAUAAUGCCAAGUUCACGUGUGAAUUCAAGUACGAUGGAGAAAGAGCACAGAUCCAUUUAAAGGAGGAUGGUUCGAUAAGUAUUUACAGCCGGAAUCAGGAAGACAACACAACUAAGUAUCCUGACAUUAUUGCUCGACUUAAGAGCGCGCUUGGAGAGGAGGUGAAGUCAUGUGUUAUUGACUCAGAAGCUGUAGCAUGGGAUCGGGAAAAGAAACAGAUUCUGCCCUUCCAAGUACUUAGCACUCGAAAGAGAAAAGAUGCCACUGAAAGUGAGAUUAAAGUGCAAGUGUGUGUGUUUCCUUUUGACUUGCUGUACUUGAAUGGCAAGCCUCUGGUAACUGAACCCUUCGAGCGCCGUAGGGCAUUAUUACAAGAAAAUUUUAAGGAGGUGGAAGGAGAGUUUGUGUUUGCCAAAAGCAUGGAUUCAACAAACACUGAAGAUAUUGAGGAAUUCCUUGAGGAAUCUAUUAAAGGAAAUUGUGAAGGUCUGAUGAUCAAGACACUUGACGUUGAUGCUACAUACGAGAUAGCAAAGCGCUCUCAUAAUUGGCUCAAGCUGAAAAAGGAUUACCUUGAUGGGGUUGGAGAUACAAUAGAUGUAGUAGUAAUUGGAGGCUACACAGGAAGAGGCAAGCGUGUCGGCCAGUAUGGAGGUUUCCUCUUGGCUUGUUAUGAUCAAGACAAUGAAGAAUAUCAAACACUUUGUAAGAUUGGAACUGGUUUCACAGACGAAGAUCUGCAAACUCACACAACUUUCUUCAAGGAUCACAUUAUAGAUAAGCCAAAGUCUUACUAUAGAUAUGAAAACAGCAUCGCACCGGACCAUUGGUUCGAACCUGUGCAAGUGUGGGAGAUAAAAUGUGCCGAUCUCUCUAUAUCCCCAGUUCACAAGGCUGCUUCCGGCAUUGUUGAUCCAGAAAAGGGUAUAUCUUUGAGGUUCCCAAGAUUUUUACGUAUCAGAGAGGACAAGAAUCCCGAGGAUGCCACAAGUGCAGCGCAAAUUGCAGAGCUUUACAAUAGCCAAGACCAGAUAAAGAAUAAAAAGUCAUCAGGAAAAACCGUGGAAGAAGACUUUUAUUGAGAAGUUUACUGUAAGGAUAUUAGAGAUCUUGGUUCAGUUCAAACUAGUUUGAGCCAAGGAAAUGUAAAAUCUUCAACUAGCACAGAUGUUUAUCACACACAACACAUAUUUGAGAUCCUGGUAUUGCAUACUGAAAUUGUCAUGCAUUUGGUGUUAUAUGACCAACCAUACAGGAAAGUAGAAAUCAGGCAUCAUUUUGCACAUUUUUGUGCCUUGAAAUUCUUUAUGUUUUUAUAUUAUUAUUAUUAAUUAUAAUAAUAAUAAUAUUCAAGGACUUGUUAUUCUUAGCUAUGUAGUUUUAGACGUUUUAUGAAAGAGUUUUUCUGUAAAUACCUUUGUUUUAAUAGUUUGUGCAUCAAUACAAAAAUGCUGAAUA